AUCGAUGGGCUCGCGCUGGCUACGAUGGCAAUAUCUCGUUCAUUUGGUUUUUGUCUUCACCCCAUAAAGUUGAUACAACUACAAAAUGGCGGACGCAGCUCCAGCCCGUAGUGGAUUCCGAGGUGGAUUUGGCUCUCGCGGUGGUCGUGGUGGACGUGGUCGUGGUCGUGGACGCGGCGCACGCGGCCGUGGUGGCAAGGAAGACUCCAAGGAAUGGGUUCCAGUGACCAAGCUAGGUCGCCUGGUGCGCGAAGGCAAGAUCAAGUCUUUGGAGGAGAUCUACCUGUACUCGCUUCCCAUUAAAGAGUUUGAGAUCAUCGAUUUCUUCCUGGGCUCAUCGCUGCGCGACGAGGUCCUCAAGAUCAUGCCCGUCCAGAAGCAGACGCGUGCUGGUCAGCGCACCCGUUUCAAGGCCUUUGUUGCCAUUGGCGACAACAACGGCCACAUUGGUCUGGGUGUUAAGUGCAGCAAGGAAGUUGCAACCGCUAUCCGUGGAGCCAUCAUCCUUGCCAAGCUCUCCGUUGUGCCUGUACGCCGUGGCUACUGGGGCAACAAGAUCGGCAAGCCCCAUACAGUGCCCUGCAAAGUUACUGGCAAGUGCGGCUCGGUUUCGGUGCGUCUGAUCCCAGCGCCCCGUGGUACCGGUAUUGUGUCGGCUCCCGUGCCCAAGAAGCUGUUGACCAUGGCUGGUAUUGAGGAUUGCUACACCUCCGCUCGUGGCUCCACUGGUACCUUGGGUAACUUCGCCAAGGCUACCUAUGCUGCUAUUGCCAAGACAUACGCCUACCUGACUCCAGACUUGUGGAAGGAAAUGCCUCUGGGCUCCACUCCCUAUCAGGCAUACUCCGACUUCCUGUCUAAGCCAACGGCACGCUUGCACGCUGAUGCCUAAGGUCAUUGCGAACCAGAGUUUUUGAAUAAACGAAAACACUCAAACAA